GUUGACAUUAAGGCCACAUUAAGGCCAAAUGUAGCAUAGGUAAUUUUUUUUGAACUCAUCUAGCAAGAGAGAUGGCAUAUGCAGCUGUGAUUUCUCUGAAGCAAAUGAUACAUCGCCUUCUUAACUCUUCACACACUCCUAUUGCCUCCUCGAGUCGAGAAAUCCUUGAAUUUGCAUCCACAGAGAUCACAUCUUUGCAAGAAUUUCUCAAAGAAUUCUACAACAGCAACAGCAAUAGAUGGAACGCUUUGGAUGCCGAAAUCAGAGAAGCCGUACAAAAAGCAGAAGAUGCCAUCGAAUCAAAUCAGUUUCUCUCCCUACCCGAAGAAUCGAGGCGAGAGAUACGUUCCUUGAUCGAAACCACGACGAAAAUAAAGAAGGAUUUCACUCCGUCAUCACUCGACGUUGACGACGACGAUGAUGAUGCAGCUGUUUCACCAACCAACGAUGUCGGGUUUGAAAUGGUAGGAUUAUCAAAUGAAUUAGCCGAAAUGAAAGAAGACCUGCUCAAACCAAUGAGGCCCUAUGAAUUCGGGGUUUACUCCUACGUCGGAAAGAUAGGCUCUCUAAGAAGCAUCACCGCAAAAGCCCUUUUCGACGAUAUAUUCGUCGCAAAAGAAGAGCCCUUCGAUUGUGGCGCGUGGGUGACCGUAGGCAGAAACUACCAAAUCACAGAAAUUCUCACAAAUGUCAUCGCCCAAGUAGAUGAUCAAGCACGAAUUGAUCAUCAUGAUAUGGAGAAAUUGAGGAAGGAUUUGUAUGAGAGGUUGAAGGGUCGGAGAUACAUGAUUGUGUUGGAUGAUAUAGACGACGUUGAGGUUUGGGAUGAGUUGAAGAAGUCAUUUCCAGAGCAACACAACGGCAGCCUAAUCGUGCUGGCUACGGGGCUAAUCCAAGUGGCCCAAUUUGCAAAAAGUUUUUAUAUUCACGAAAUGGGGAGACUAAGCGGUGAGUUCAUUUGGGAUUAUCUUCGAGUGUUGAUGUUUGGGUGCGAGAAGGAGAUCGAUCCAGAAAUGGAAAAAGCUGGGAAGAAGAUUGUUGAGAAUUGUAGAGGAAGUUGCAUUGCGCUUGCUAGAGUUUUCUUCUUCCUCAACAAAGCUGACAAGACUCCAGAGGUUUGGACUAAGCUAGCGGCAGAUGAACAACACUUCAUAUUCGUCGUCCACGAUGAACUCUCCGAGGUUUGUAAAAUAAAAGAAGAUUCAUCUGUGCAUACAGCCGACGAAAAGAAUACGGUCAACUCUUUAUUUGACAUGUCUUCUUGUAUUAAACUAAACAAGAAGUAUCUUUUUCCCCAAACAUACUUUCCAAAAUCAAAUAUCAUGUUGAUCUGUGGGAUGGCAGGUAUUGGAAAGACUACUCUUGUUAAGAACGUUUUCGAAGAUUCCUCAGUUUCACAUCACUAUGACCACCUGGUGUGGGUGGCUCUCGGCCCAAAAUAUAAACCAGAAGAAAUCUUGAUCGAUAUUCUAGCUCAAAUAUAUCCCCAAAUAGAUAGAGAACACAUAAAAAAUGAUGCAAAAUUAGCUACAGAUUUAUGUGUGGAGAUGGAAUUAUCAUACAAGAGAUGCUUCAUUGUGUUAGAUGAUAUGUGGAAGCCAGAGCCCUUAUACCACUUAAAAACUCUAUUUCCAAACAUUAGAGCUAAAAUCUUUGUGACAACCCGGCAACCUGUGAUAGGUACAUCAUUUGGGCCAGAUGAUAAGUAUUACACAGUGCGCGUACUCAAUAAACAAGAAAGCUGGGAUCUGCUUUGUCACAAGGUGUUUGCUGGUGUGUCAUGUCCUCCUCGGCUGGAGGAAGUUGGCAAGAAAAUUUCUAAGAAAUGUGAAGGUCUUCCUCUCUUGAUCCUCACAGUUUCCAAUCUCUUGUCAAAAGCUGAGAAAACACUAGAGUAUUGGAGCAUGGUAGCAGAGGAAAGAAAUUCAGUUUUCAAGGAUGCAUAUGAUCAUAUGCAUAAGGUGUUAUAUCCUAGCUAUCUGUACUUACCUCAACAUCUGAAAGCAUGUUUUCUGUAUAUGGGACUUUUCUCACGCAACGAUGAGGUCCCAGUGUCGAAGCUCAUUGAUUUGUGGGUUGCAGAGGGAUUUCUUGAGCCAGAUCCUUGUCAAACUUUACAAGAUUAUGCUCGAAAAUGUUUGAUGCAGAUUGUUAAUCGAAGUCUAGUUAUGGUCCAAUGGAGGGACUCUGAUCCCGAAUCCUGUAAGACAUGUAGACUUCAUUCUGUGUUUUGGCAUAUGUGUAGCAGCGAAGCUGAGAAGAGCAUGUUUUUCAAUAUUUAUACUAGACACGGAUUAAAGGAGGAGCAAAGAAGAGUGUGCAUUCGUAAUAACAUUUUGUUAGGCAUCAAACAUGAGCAUAACUCAAUGUUAUACACACGUUCUCUCUUAUGCACUGGCCCAUACCAUCAGUAUCCAGUACCAAUACCUUUUAGGUCGAGGCUGCUGAGGAUAGUGGAUGCUAUGUCAAUCCGUUUAUAUGAGUUCCCAAUUGAAGUUGUGGAACUCAUUCAUCUAAGGUACCUCACCCUCACUUGUGACGGGAGGAUUCCUGCUGCUAUAUCCCAACUCCGCAACCUAGAGAAGUUGCUUGUAACAAGGCAUUUGAGCACCAAGUCAUUUGAAGAUUCUUCAAUCUUGCCCAUGGAAAUUUGGGGUAUGAAAGAAUUGAGAUAUCUUCGGGUUGAAGGGUGCAACCUACCUAACCCUAGUAGUGAUGAGGUUUUAGCCAACCUCUCAACACUAUUAGAUGUGAACAUUGAUAGUUGCACUAAGGAGGUUAUAAGAGGUGUUCCAAAUAUAAAGAGGUUAGGAGUCCGGAUCCAGCUCGAGCCGGAAGAUGAUGGAAAGUCCUUCCAUCACUUGAAUAACAUAUCCAGUCUAGGCAAACUGGAAUCACUUACUUGUGUGGUUGUGAAUCCUGACCUAAGUCAAGAUACUGUCACUCCACCUGCUCCUCAUUCCAUGUUUCCAGUGUCUCUUAAGAUGUUGAGUUUGAGUGGGCUAGGAUAUCCAUGGAGUUACAUGGGCAUAAUUGGCAGACUACCUAAUCUUGAGGUGCUCAAAUUACGUUGCUAUGCCUUUCAAGGACCACUAUGGGAAACAGAUUAUGCCAGUUUCAACCAGCUUAAGCUUCUCUCACUCGAAGAUACUGAUCUAGUGCUGUGGCGAACAAGAAAUGCCAGCUUUGUUUCUCUCAAGUAUCUUAGAAUUAAACAUUGCUAUAACAUAGAAGAGCUCCCUCCUUAUUUGUCUCACGGUGUUCGGAUGCUUCAAGUAGCUGACUGCAGCCUUUCAGUUGUGGCAUGGGCAGAAAAAAUGAAAGAAAAUGAUUGGGAGAAUAGAAUACAAAAGCUAACGAUUGAUGUCCAUUGUUCAUGGGAUGAUGAGGAUCUCGACUUAUGACUGCGUGCUUACAAAGGGGAAAUGAAAACAGGAACAUGCAUGGCAGCUUACCAGAAUAAAUGGCACUUGCAGACUCAUGGGAUUCUGGGAUAACUUCAAAUAAUUACUGUUAGUUUAGUUGCUUCAGAACUAAGAAUCGAUUUAUUGUUAGCUUAAAAAGAGAAAAACCAAGUGUGUGUUUUUUAGUUGUACAAUUAAUGGAAAACUGCAAUAUUAGUCCUGUGUUUAUAGGGUGGUUGCAAUAUUGAGAAGUUCCAUUUUAAGGUCA